GACUUAGACGGGAGUACAAUGCUGGUGUUUGUGUCACAGCCCAUGAGUGGCGACUGGUUCUCUCAGACAUCUUAUGCUCCACUGCCGUCUCUGCACAUGCUGCUGGAGGGAAAAGGACAGCGGGCAGCUUGAUCCUGCCGGUGGGAUGCACUGACAGCGGCACACAGAGAGAAACACCUAGAGAGGGAGGGAGAUUGGGAUUUAGUGUGACGUAUAACAAAGAAGAAAGGCUGGCCGGAAGACACACAUCCAGGUUUUGUGGUGAAAACCACAGUAGGGAAAAAGCAGUCCACACCUACCAGGUCGAAGUAAACAACCUGCUGUAGUGAGCUGUGUUUUGGGGGUGGGUGGGGAGGUGAGGCCUGUAUGCUGAAGUGUGGGAGAGAAGAAGGAUAGAAAGAGGAAGAGGAGAAGAAGAGGAAGACGAGAGGAGAAGUAGCGGGCCUGUGGUCCAAAACCAGGCAGGAUGACGGAGAAGAAAGUGAGCCUUACUGCUAAGCUGAUUAAUGGGGGCGUGGCAGGACUGGUUGGUGUGACGUGUGUAUUUCCUAUUGACCUGGCCAAGACUCGCCUACAGAACCAGCAGGGCAUCCGGGCCUACAAAGGAAUGCUGGACUGUCUGGCAAAGACUUUACGCUCAGAUGGCUAUUUUGGAUGCUACAGAGGUGCAGCAGUAAAUCUCACUCUCGUCACACCAGAAAAAGCCAUCAAACUGGCUGCCAAUGACGUCUUCAGACAAAAGCUCUCCAAGGAUGGGAAAUUACCCCUAUGGGGUGAAGUAUUGGCUGGGUGUGGGGCUGGGACCUGUCAGGUAGUUGUCACUACUCCCAUGGAGAUGCUUAAGAUCCAGCUGCAAGAUGCAGGAAGACUGGCUGCCCAGAGACCUGUCGCAAGGCCGACUCCGGCUGCUGCUGGUCCAGCUCCAUCGCCAGUGCCCCAUCCGCCAACCCGACCACAUAAAUUGUCGGCCACUGGCAUCACUGCGGAGCUCCUGAAGACACGCGGCCUGGCUGGUCUCUACAAGGGUGCAGGAGCAACAUUACUGAGGGAUGUACCUUUCUCAAUGAUCUACUUCCCACUGUUUGCAAACCUGAACGCGCUGGGCCGCGAUCAGACAGGCAGCCAGAGUGACGUGCAGGAACGAGCCCCAUUCUGGCAGUCCUUUGCAGCAGGGUGCACCGCCGGCUCAGUGGCAGCUGUAGCUGUUACACCAUUAGACGUUAUAAAAACGCGUCUGCAGACUCUACAAAAGGGUGAGGGGGAGGACACCUACAGAGGAAUCAUUGACUGCACACAGCGCAUCAUGAGGCGUGAGGGCCCGCAGGCAUUCCUAAAGGGGGCAACUUGCCGCGCUCUGGUCAUCGCUCCCCUUUUUGGAAUUGCACAAGUUGUCUACUUUCUGGGGGUAGGGGAGACGUUGCUUGGGUUGCUGGGAUAGGGAUGUUUGACUUUGUGGUGGCUGUUGUCUCUGUACAGAUAAUCUACAGUGAAGAAAUAGGCCAUGAAGAGAGAUCCUGCAUUCAGCUACUCAAAGGAGUCAUCGUACAAGGGUCUAUUUACUAAACUGUUAAUGGUUCACACUAAUCGUGUUUCUUCAAGGUUUUCAUGCUGUUAACAGGGUCCUGUGGGUUAAAGACAGUCCUAUGUACAUAUAUAUAUAUAUAUAUGUCCAAACUGCCUAGUGGUCCAUGCAGUUCUGCUGCAGUAUGUCAGUUCCCCCUUUUUUCCCCUUAGAGAUGAUUCCAUGCGGUUGCAUGUUGCUUUAAGCCUCAAGCAAAAACUAUCAGAUAGUUUGUACAUUUGUGAUGAAAGGAACUUUAUAUCGUCCACUGCAAUUGGCAAAUUAAAGUUCACAAUAAUGCUGUAUAACAUUCGAUAUUAUGCCAAUCAUGUACGUAGGGCAGGGGUCCUGGAGAUCACCUGAACUGAAAAACGUGCAGGGCAGAUGAUCUUUAGGAGCAGGGAUUGCGUCUCCUGAUGCCGAGCUUAAUCCCCAUCUUUCUACUUUGGAAUGCGUUCUUCUCACAGCAUCCAUGAGGUCGAGGAUGUCAUUUUGGAUUGGGGACAAUGCUUGUCAGUGUCCCCAAAGGUAUGUGUUAAUCAGAUUCUUUUAGUAAUAAUGAAUUAAUCCUUUCACCAGUAUAUGGAACAAUCCUUCCCUACUUAUAGGCCUUGGUGUAGACUGCAACUUGAGCCCCAUCAUUGCUGACAAUUUUUCCUCAAGCAUUAAACUGUGAGUCUUAAAUGAGCUCAGUUUAAGUUAAACAGUCCAAUUUAAGUGGGAUAGUGAUGACUGAUUGUUCCCAGUGUUGGUAGCAAUGUAGAGUUUGGACAGCAAAGACGCAGACGAGUGAGGUGGUCCAUCCCAAACAGCUUGUGUGGACAAUAACCCUUUGCAUCUUAUAACUCGCCAAAUACAAACAUAUAAUGAGGACAGACUCCAAUGGUCCACAUUGAUCAAAACAGCAUUUUUGUUUUGUGUAUGGAAAAUCCCACAGAGGUGUCUGCUACCUGCUGGAUGGUUACUGAAUGACUAAAUUAACAAAAAUUACAAUCAGCUGUGUCUGAACUCGUGUAGUUGGUCUGCGGCCUGAACACAGAACACGUGUGCAUGAUGCUUACUACGUGAGAAAAUAUGGGAUGAAAUAUACAAUAGAAUGGAGAAGUAAAACUGGAAUUAAAUGGUUAAUGAAUGGACAGGACGAUAAAAUGGAUGUUACAAAAGCUUCUGAGUCCAUGUCAAACGUAGGCAUCAUGAGCUGUGUUUAAUUAAGUACGUCACCAACUGUCUGGUGUUGAACCAUGUCUACAAUUUCAUAUUUAAAAGGCUGCAGUCUGCACAACAUACAUACAUAUGCUGGUAGGCAUGCAGGGAGGGUAAAACCAUAUCCUGCCAAGUUCACAGGAAAACACUACAAGAAUUUUAUUUUUAAAAUCAUUAUUUCUGAUGCUCGAGAACGUUUUCCGCAAAUAGUAUAUCUGUGUAACUUCUUCCUCACUAUAGAGGUGAACAUACCCUGAUGUAAACUGUUUGCUGUCAAUAAAAAAAAAAAAAAAUUGUCAUCAUGC